UGCAAAAAGAGCAUCAAAGAAACUUAUCGCAAAACUCAUAGGACCCUUCAAAAUUGUUCAGAAAAUUUCAGCAGUAACAUAUCGAUUAAAACUUCUGGAAACACUACGUAUUCACCCAGUUUUCUAUGUAUUCUUAUUAAAACCUUAUUACCCUAGUGAGUUUAGAGAUGAAGUAAGAAAAGAACCUCCAGAAAUUGCAACCGAAGAUCCAGAAGAACACGAAGUUAAAGCCAUACUAGACAAGAGAACAUACUACCAUCGCCUACAACUUGGUAAAGAGUUCGAAAAAACUGGUGAAACUGUUUUAAAUGGGGGAGAGU